AUGGCUUCUGAAAAGCAAGCCACCGAUCAUGUCGAGACAUAUACAGAUGUCAAGCCGGGCUACACAGACCUCCAAACCAGCACCGAAGCCCACGCCGCCAUCGAAAAAGAACACAAAAUGACCGCCAUGGAAGCCCUGCGACUCUACUCCAAAGCUGUAGCCUGGUCCCUCCUCCUCUCCUGCGCCAUCAUCAUGGAAGGCUACGACGUGGUCCUGAUCGGCUCAUUCUUCGCCUUCCCAGCCUUCAACCUGAAAUACGGCGAACUCAUGUCGGACGGCAAGUACGGCCUCGCUGCCUCCUGGCAAGCCAGUCUGACCAACGCGAUGAGCUGCGGCCAGAUCGUAGGCCUCUUUGUGAACGGCAUCGUCUCCGAGCGCUACGGCUACCGCAAAACCCUAAUGGCCUGUCUAGCCACUACCGUCGGCUUCAUCUUCAUCCUCUUCUUCGCACCAAACGUCCAGACUCUCGUCGCCGGCGAACUGCUCAUGGGAAUCCCCCUCGGCGUCUACCAGACCCUGACAGUCACAUACGCAUCAGAGGUAUGCCCCGUCGCACUACGCGCCUACCUAACUACCUACGUCAAUCUGUGCUGGGUAUUCGGGCAGCUGAUCGCUUCAGGCGUGCUAAGGGGUCUUGUCGCACACACCGACCAGUGGGCGUACCGCAUCCCCUUCGCCAUCCAGUGGGUAUGGCCGGUGCCAAUCUUCAUCGGGGUGUACCUGGCGCCCGAGAGUCCAUGGUGGCUUGUGCGGAAAGACAGACGCGAAGACGCCAUCAAGUCCGUGAAGCGGCUCACGCGCGCAGACCCCAAUUUCAGCGCAGAGGAAACUGUCUCGAUGAUUGUGUAUACGAAUGCCAUGGAGCAGCACGCUGAGACUGGCGCCUCGUAUAUUGACUGCUUUAAGGGGACCGAUCUGCGACGCACGGAGAUCGCGUGCUGUGUGUGGGCGGUGCAGAGUCUAUGCGGCAGUGGUCUGAUGGGAUACUCGACUGUCUUCUACCAGCGUGCUGGGCUGGCGGACGAGCAGUCAUUUACCAUGUCGCUGGCGCAGUAUGCGAUUGGGGUUGUUGGGACGUUUAGCUCGUGGCUAUUUAUGACGUACUUUGGUCGGCGCACGCUCUAUGUGGGUGGCCUGGCUAUACUGGCGGUUAUCCUGUUUGUGAUUGGGUUUGCGUCUGUUGCGCCGGCGACUACGUCACUCUCGUGGGCGACGGGGUCUAUGCUGCUUGUGUAUACGUUCGUCUAUGAUUCGACUAUCGGGCCGGUGUGUUUCUCGCUGGUUUCGGAGAUGCCGUCGUCCAGACUUCGGACGAAGACUGUUGUCCUGGCGAGGAAUGCGUAUAACGUGCUUAAUCUGGUGACCGGGAUUAUUAUUCCCUAUAUGCUGAAUGUGGAUGCGUGGAAUUGGAGGGGGAAGUCUGGGUUUUUCUGGGGUGGACUGUGCAUUCUCUGUCUUGUUUGGUCGUUCUUCAGACUUCCUGAGCCCAAGGGGCGCUCUUAUGCUGAGUUGGAUGUUCUAUUUGAGAACAAGGUGCGCACAAGGGAGUUCCCGUCUGCGAAGACGGGUUUGGUGCAGAGUGAGCUCGAGGGGACGAAAGGCUCUGUUUGA